AUGUCAACCCGGGAUGCCAACAUCAAACCACUCCCACCUGAUGUUGUGGCCAAGAUCAAAUCUUCCACAUCAAUUACCAACCUAAACGGUGUCGUCGUGGAACUGGUCAAGAAUGCGCUGGACGCAAAUGCGCAUAGCAUCAUAGUGACAGUUGAUUUCCAGCGUGGUGGCUGCAUCGUGGAAGAUGAUGGUGAGGGUAUUCCUCCGGCGGAGUUUGAGGUCAGUGGAGGACUGGGAAAGGCGCAUCAUACCUCUAAGUUUCAGUUAGAUCGAGAGGUCUAUGGUCGAAGAGGGCUUUUUCUAGCCUCGUUGGCGUCUCUAUCAUUGCUCACUAUUACAUCCCGUCACCUGCGCCAUCGGACCACAAACAGCGUCAUAUUCCAUCAUUCAACACCAAUUGCGCGCUUAAUUCCGGCACCAGUACAGCAGGGUCUGAGGUUCAGCGGCUAUGGAACCUGCGUUACGGUCAAUGACCUCUUCGGGAACAUGCCCGUCCGCGUGAAAAGUCGGGCAUUAGCUCACCAAAAGCCUGACGAAGUAGACCGAGAAUGGGAAGACCUCAAACAACUAUUAGUUGCGUUAAUGCUGGCCAACGACCAGCUGGCGAAAUUGGUCAUCUCAGAUGGCAGCAAAGACAGGAAGAUAACUGUCCAUCCUCAAAGCCAGGGCCAGCAGGCAGGCGAACUAGAUCUCAAGCGGAUUUCGUCGAUUCUUCUCCAAACGGGUCUAAUCAAUUUCCAAAGUCCCAAUGAUCGCUGGAAUGUUGUUUCAGCCUGCGUUCCGGAUUUCUCAAUCCAUGCCGCCAUAUGUCUUGUUCCCAGUCCUACAAAGAGAGUGCAGUUCAUUUCGUUGGGAAUGGCCCCUGUCUUCCCUCGAAAUAGUACGAACAUGUUGUAUAAAGAUCUUAACCGACUAUUCGCUUCGUCAGACUUUGGUACAACGCAGACUUCCUCUUCUUCCAUUCAGAAUUCACUUGAGGAUGGUCAUAUGAACGCCAAAGCAUUACCAAAGGCUGUCAACAAAUGGCCAAUGUUCUAUGUACGGAUUAAUACCAAUACUCCUGACAGAUGGUAUGAAGACUGUCAAGAAAUCGCCCCGGAGUCUGACAAGUCCGUUCAACGCAUUCUAGACGUGCUUGCGGCUAUGAUUGGCGAGUUUCUGGCACAGCUCAAUCUACGACCGCGUGUCGGAAAGAGGAAACGGAAAGUGUCCCAGGUGUCAGCAGAAGCACCUCAAGAGGAUUCAAAAAGCACAAGGCAAUCCAGGGGUGCCGGGAAAGACCGUGCCAUGGCUUCAGAUAGCACAGAAGAAGCUUUUGACGGUAGAUUGAAACUUCCAUUGUUUACGAGACCUGUGCCGUCUACAACCAGCCAGCACUUUGGCGAUUGGUCUAGGGUUAAGGGCGCCAAAGAUGUUGUAUUCGAUACUAAGCUCAAUGCUACAAAAUCAGUUGAUAUUCCAUCGAGAGUUCGCAGUCCUGGCCAAAGCGUUCAACCGGUGCAUUUGUCUGGGAAUCAAAGAGAAUCAGCAACAGAUACAACAUUACCUUGGACCGAUCCUUAUACAGGGCGAACACACGUGGUCAACUCACGGACCGGUCAAUCGAUGGAUUCCACGGAUGCGCACAGCGAAAGGCCACGCUCAACUGGUUCCAUCCAACCGAACCAGGUAUUGAAUCGAGUAAGACGGCCAAGAUCAGCCAUUCCCAUCCGGACAGGGGGUUCGUGGCUUGAUGGUGUCUUGAGAAAGUGGGAGAAUCCGACUUUUAGCCGAUCUGAGCGACCGAUUAGCACCAUUAAUAUUGGAGUUCGUGAACACGAAUCAGAUCGGACAACUUUCAACGUGCACGACUGCUGUGGCGAUCUUUGCGGGUUGAACACGGUCAAAUUCUCCAAGUUCCGGGGGAAGUUAUGGAAGCAGCACCUUCAAGGGGCCGAGGUAGUUGCGCAAGUUGACCGGAAGUUUAUCCUUACGAAAUUACCAGCGUCCUCAGUUGGCGGUACUCAGGAUGGGACUGCAUUAGCCUUGAUCGAUCAACACGCGGCGGAUGAACGAUGUCGAGUAGAACGACUUUUUAGAGAGCUUUUGACGUCUGAAUCAGGCGAUUUUGGGGAAGUGCAGACCAUUCCACUGGAGCCGAUCAUGUUUGAGGCCCCGAUAAGCGAGAAACCGCUGCUCAAGAGGUAUUGGAAACACUUUCGACCAUGGGGCGUCGACUACCGGAUCGAACAAGCUGCGAAUAAGCUAAGGGUUUUUGUACAUCUACUCCCGAAUUUGAUAGCAGAACGGUGUCGAACGGAGCCCAGUUUGGUUGCCGAUCUUAUACGCGGCGAAAUUUGGAAGUGCGAAGAGAGCGGAAGCAAACCCGGUUCUACAACCGCACACUCGGAUUUGGAUUCUGGAAGCACUACAUCUUGGGUAGAAAAGUUAACCGGCUGUCCUCAAGGAAUCAUUGAUCUUCUCAAUUCCCGCGCCUGUCGAACCGCCAUCAUGUUUAACGACGUCUUGAGUAUCCAUGAGUGUCAAAAGUUGGUCGCGCAAUUGGCACAGUGCGCGUUUCCGUUUCAAUGCGCGCAUAGUCGACCAUCAAUGGUACCUAUUUUAGAUAUGGAGGUUCAGGAUUCAUCGUUAUUGGUUAGCGAAUUGUUGGGUUCCCUUGGAUUGGGAUUGGAAGAUGGCGAUGAAACAAGUAAGGUUGGAUUUGCUGAGGCGUUUGGAAUGGCAUAUAAGUCGGAGAGUAUAGACUAA